AUGGCGUCUGGUAUUGGGAACCUCACUACACUAAUCAAGCGACUGGAGGCUGCGACCUCGCGCUUGGAAGAUAUUGCCAUGUCGCAGUCGGCGGCUGCCCAGGACGCCGGCCUGGAUCUUACGCCGCCUACACAGGCGGCCCCCAGCACCACAGCCGUCGCCUCGUCCUCGUCAGACACUGCUCUGAAUGACACUGCCUCGAAAGGCGAAAGCGAGUCCAAGUCUCUGCCUACCGUAUCUGCCUGGGAUGAGGACGUCGAACCUGCUGUGAAAGAGUAUGUCGCUGCUAGCGAGGCCCUCUCGCCCCUGGUCGCCGAGCAUGCUAAGCUCGUCCAGGCUACGAUGCAGCAGCUCCGCUCGGUGGUGGUCAUGGCUGCGAUGUGCUAUAAACCCAAAGAGGGCCUUGCCUCAACAGAGUACACGAUGCGUUUGGAGCCAUUGCAGCAGGCCUUGCACAAAGUCGUUGCGCUGCGGGAAGAGCACCGAGGUGAUCGCGAUUGGUUUAACCACUUGUCGACUGUCAAUGAGGGUAUAACGGCUGUUGGCUGGGUUGCCGUGGAGCCUACACCUGCGCCGUAUAUUGGCGAUAUGAUGGAGAGUGCUCAGUUCUACGCCAACCGUGUCAUCAAAGAGUUCAAGGAACGUGACCCUAAGCAUGUGCAGUGGGCUCGCGCGUUUAUGAAUGUGCUAUCGACAAUGCAGCUCUAUGUGAAGGCGCAUCAUCGUACGGGCAUUACAUGGAACCCACAAGGCGCUGUGCUCAACACGUACUAUGUCCCGGAAGAUGCACCGAUGCCGGUCAUGGCUCAGGCUACAUCCUCGGUAGCGUCUGAGCCAGCGCCGCCGACUGCCCCACCUGCGCCACCAGCGCCGCCAGCAGUAGCGCCUCCGGCUGCGCCGCCAGCACCGGCUAUGGCAGGCGCUGCAGUGGGCGCUACUGCUGCACCCAGCAUGGACGCCGUCUUCUCGCAGAUCAACCAGGGCGAAGGCAUUACCAGUUCGCUGCGCAAAGUCGAUGCGAGUGAGAUGACGCACAAGAACCCAUCGCUGCGUGCGAGUGGGACUGUGCCUGACGCCGAAAAGGCGCGUCCAGCGCCGGCCGCCAAGCCAGUGAGUCUCAGUGCAAAGAAACGAGGCGCACCACGCAAAGUGCUCGAAGGCAACAAGUGGACGAUUGAGAACUUCGACAACGAUGCCCAUGUCGUGAUUGACAACACGGAGCUGGGACAGACCGUACAUAUCUUCCACUGUGACCGCUGCGUCAUCGAAGUCAAAGGCAAGAUCAACGCGGUGUCGAUGCUCUCAUGCUCCAAGACCAACCUUCUUCUGGAUACACUCGUCUCGUCGUUGGAAGUGACACGAUGCACAUCCUUUGCGGCACAGAUCACAGGCACGACCCCGACUAUCCUCAUCGAUAGCUGCGAUGGCGGUCAUGUGUACUUGUCCGAGCAGGGCAUGCAUGCCGAUCUUAUUACGGCGAAGAGCAGUGCCCUGAAUGUCAGUGUACCAGCGGCGAAUGGCGAGCCGGGUGAACUGGAUGAAAUUCCGUUACCGGAGCAGGUAAAGCAUACGAUAGCGCGCUCGGGCUCGCGCACCGUCGCGAACAGCGAGGUCGUCCAGCAUGCCGGCUAA